ACAUGGCGGCGUGUGGAGGUAAUAGUUCAGGCUGUUGGGUCUCUCCAGAGGUUUAUAAACACCACGAACAGCGAAAAGUAUGCAUUUCAAGACCAAAGUACAGAGAGGGGAGGGCAGCGAAAGCAGUUAAGGUUUACACCAUAAAUUUGGAGUCCCAUUACCUGAUGGUGCAAGGAGUCCCAGCCAUUGGAGUGAUGACAGAGCUGAUCCAGCUGUGUGCCCUGUAUGGAGCUGUGGAGGAGUAUCGACCUCUGGAUGAGUAUCCUGCUGAGGAGUUUACAGAGGUCUACCUUGUCAAGUUCCAGAAACUAACCAGUGCCAGAGCAGCCAAACGACAUAUGGAUGAAAAGAGCUUCUAUGGUGGUGUGCUGCAUGUGUGCUAUGUCCCAGAAUAUGAGAGUGUGGAAGACACCAGAUUAAAACUACUGGACAGAAGGAGAUAUAUAAUGAGGACUGCUCGAAAUAAAGCGAGACAAAGGGAAGACAAAGAUGGAGGAACUGAGGAGCCCUUGACAUCAAACACAGCCACCACAUCAGAGAAGAUCAUCUCCCAACAAGAUCAAAGGCUUCACAAUUAUAAUAUAGAAGACAGUUCAAACUCCAACCAUUAUUCAGACUUUCCUUUACUGCCAUUACCUCCCUAUGAACACCAUUAUCUCGUUCACAAAAAUCAACAUGGGACUAUGCACACAGAAGAUAAAAUGGGGACAUUAUACAAUGCCAUAAUCGACACAAAACAACGGCCAGCACAGAAAAGCUCCUCAGACAGAGAAAAAAGCAGAGAGCACAGACCAACUCCAAAUCAGGCUUCUGCAGUCAGAUUUAUCCCACGGAACACUCACUUGGAAAACAGGAAACGCAAAAUGGAAGACACUGUGGAUCAUACAUGUACUGAGCUGUCUGGAAAAAAUGACCAUUUGAUAGGGCCAAAGCUGCCUGAACCACCUAAACUAGACAUGGAGGAUGAUUCAUUGAACACAACUGCCAUGCUCAUCAGGAAUACAAUGAAACAGGUGGGAUCGGUUCCUGACGUCAAACCAGUGGAGAAAAAGAUGAAACCACGUCGUCGGAUAUGAUCACAUUAGCUCACGUUCCUGUGGCAAAUUGCUUUUAUUUGAAAAAAAUGUCAUCACAUUUAAAACAACAGUAAACUUUUGUAUUUAAGAAGGUGCAGUGAAAAAUACACCUUUUUUUCAUAGUACCAGUUGUUCCUGAAAUACAUGCUGCUCAAAUGCCUCAGUACUCUGAAAAGGAAGUAAAUGUCAGAUUAAGAACUUCAGUUUAAAAUAAAUGUAUUUCAAUUUUU